AUGCAUCAAAAAAUAAAAUCAUUGCAGCUCCUCACUCCUACAUUCCAUGACAACGAUAACGAUGGAGUUGGCGAUUUUAAAGGGGUUACCGAGAAACUCGACUUGCUGAAGAAAAUCGGAGUGACUACUGUUUAUCCCACUCCCGUAAUCGAAAUCCAAAAGGACGAGUACUUUAAUCCCUAUGAUGUAGUCGACCAUCUCCAAGUUGACAAACGUUUCGGUACCGAAGCAGAUUUCAAAGAACUUGUUGAGGCUGCUCAUAACAGAGAUAUGUAUGUUGUGAUGGAUCUCCCUGUGACAUCGGUUUCUAUUCAUCAUCCUUGGUUCCGCGAUGGCGAGAGUGAUGUCUUUGUUACCGCUAAAGAAGGCUCCAAAGCUUUUGAUCAACCAAAUUAUCACCCGUUUCCUAGUGAUAAUACCACAAAGUACUUGGGCUAUCCAACCGCUGCAAACCCAGUGCUAAAUUGGUCAAACACAAAAGUCAAGGGAACCAUCGAAGAAGCUAUCAAGAAAUAUCUGCUUAUUGGCUUAGACGGCUUUCACAUAGAUCACAUCAGCCAGCUGGCACUUGAUGAGACUGGAAAAACUAAUCCCGACACCGCUAUCGCUGCCCUAAAGGAACUAACCUCUAUGAUCAAAAAAGUACUAUCCUCUUCACAUCGAGACAUUGGUGAAGUACACGCGAAGGCUCGGGAAACCGGCGAUCUUCACUAUGUCGUCGAUGACUCUUUCGCCAAGCUUUCAACAGAGAAAUGCUCGAAGGGAGUAGCUGUCUGUGCACACGACACUUUAUCAGAAUCGAAUGCAAGACACCAGGCUGAUUCAUACAUACCAUACUGGCAAUUUUCCAACGCUGACAACAGUCGACUUGCGUCUCGUUUUGAUCCAGAAACUGCGAAUCUCCUAAACUUCUUGCAGUUAACUCUUCCUGGAGCAAUGUCAGUUUACUACGGUCAAGAACUUGGUCUAAAAGACGUGGGUACACCUCCAAGCCCUCGCGGCAUCAUGCAGUGGACAGCGUCUGGAAAGGAUCAUCAUGGCUUUCUUUCCUCCAACGAAGCUAAUAUUGGAAAGUUGUUCUUUGGGGAGAGUGACGAUGCCAAGGAGGAGGAUAACUUCGAGACACAAUACGCUCAAGAGAAUUCCCAGCUUAAAGUAUACCAAAAACUUGCAAGAAUGCGACAGCGUGACGAGGCACUCAUUCUUGGAAGCACAGUAAAAGACGAGCUCAUA